UAAUCAUAAUUGGUAAUGAUUGGGGGAUUAUUUUAAAAAAAUUCAUAAAAAUUGAUUAGAUAUAUAUGUCCUAAUAUGUUGGUUGCCAGUUUAUAUGUCCGUAUUCAUUCUUUGAGAAAAAUAAUGCAAAUGUCCAUAAGACAAUAAAAUGGUUAUGUUUAAAUAAGUUAACUUUUAUAAUAUUAAAACUAAUCAUGCUAGUAAAUAAACUUAAUAAGGAGGCUAUACAAGCUCAUAAUGAACUUAGAGUAUUACAUGGUUGUCCAAAAAUAAGUUAUGAUUCAAAACUGGCUAGUGAUUCUCAAAAGUGGGCUGAACAUUUGGCUUCAAUAAAUUGUUUACAACAUAGUAAAGGAGAUGAUUAUGGUGAAAAUUUAGCAUUUCAAAUGUCUACAGCCGGUGCAUCAUUGAAUGGUCGUGAAGCAACUCGAAAUUGGUACGAUGAAAUUAAUCAACAUGAUUUUAAUGGACAAAAUCAACCUGGGACAGGACAUUUUACUCAAGUAAUUUGGAAGUCAACUAUUAAAGCAGGAUUCGGUUCUGCAUUAUCCAAAGAUGGAAAGAAAGUGUACGUCGUGGGACGUUAUAAACCAGCCGGAAAUAUAAUUGAUCUUUAUGAAGAUAAUGUACCGAAACCAAAGAUAACUGCUCCACCAAGUGAGCCAAAAUAAUGACAAUAAUUUAUAUUCAUUAGUGAAAUCAUUUUGUAAUGUAUAACGUACGAGUUGUUACGAAAUUCGUGUUUAGUUUCACAUGAUAGUGAAGAAACAUCAGUAAAACCAGAGAGUUUUUUAAGCGAGAGGUGCGGUAUGGAACCAUAAAUUCUUUUUUGUUUUAACCCUUAUCUGUACAAAAGAAAAAUCUAUUAAAAGUUACUGUCAAAAAUUAGUUGACUCCUUAACAAGUUACUGAUCUCGACAAUGCAAAAUGUCUCAUCCUAUCUGGAUCUUAUUCACCUACAACUAAUGGUAUUUAACAAACUCCAUUAAACCUAUGUUUGAGACAAUUCUUAGUUUACGUUGUCUAGUAAAAAAAAUAGCUUCGUGAUCACUAUGGUGUCAGUCAAGAUAUAAAGAACACCGAAAAAUUUUGAACGUGUCAUUUUUCUACACAGCCAUUGAAUAACCUUUCGUUGAUUUGGUGAAAAUUUAGCAUAAUCGCACAUCAUGUCAGGAUCUGUAAAUUUGAAUGUUACGGGUGUAUGUUUGUUGUUAGUCGGCGAAGCUGAAUAAGAUGUUUCUAGUUGCCAUGAUAAGGUCACUAAACAAUAAUUCAAUUGUAUCAUUUUGUCUUUUACCAUGAAGAAGCUAACAGAAAACAAGUCAUUUGGAUUUAUAGGAGCCGUAUUUAAAUCGUCGGUAAUAAGUAAAACAGGCUUCUUUUUAAGUUUUUAAAGUUUGCGAAAAUAGAGGGCAUAUAUAAUAGGAGGGGAAAUGAUAUCUUUUAGGAACUUAAAUGAAUACAAUCUAAUAGGUAACGGACAUCCCUUAAAAUAUCUCAAAAUAUCUCACCGCACCAUCAUUAAAUGAUCUAUUGCUUGAUUCAGUUAGUAAAGCGUUAUUGAAAUGCAUAAUCUAUCUGGUUAGAAGAAAGACAAAUUGCAUUAGACGAUCUAUUUUGUUUUAUUCAAUUUUCAUAGACUGAAAUUGAUAGCAAGGAAUUAUUUAUUAUCCCCCAGUAACAAAAUAAAUAUCAUAAUGAUUUGGUUACUAGAUCGUAAACAUAUGUGUAUUUAUAUUAAAUUAUCAUAGUUGAAAGCGUAAGUCAAUUGAAGCUAGACCACC